GUGCCUGAUCGUCUACACUCAGCCCUUCCCUUUCACGAAGUUAUUCUGGCUAGAAUUAGCUUGUUAAUUCGUCGAUUUGUUUGCGCAGCUAUGGCUAGACCUAAAUGUUUUUUCGAUAUUACUAUUGGUGGUAAACCAGCUGGUCGUAUCGUCUUCGAGCUCAGAGCAGAUGUAGUUCCAAAGACUGCAGAAAACUUCCGUGCAUUAUGUACUGGUGAGAAAGGAUUUGGUUUCAAGGGUAGUUCAUUCCAUCGUAUCAUCCCAAAGUUUAUGUGCCAGGGCGGAGACUUCACCAGAGGAAAUGGGACUGGUGGCAAGUCCAUUUAUGGUGAAAAGUUUGCUGAUGAGAACUUUAUGCUAAAACACACUGGGCCAGGUAAGAUUUCAAUGGUUGUCAGUACUUACAAGUAUGACUGGAUGAACUGGUGUUGUCUCUAGUGUUUUAGCUUUGCA